AUGGCGAUUACGGAUAAGGGAUAUUUGUGCGUGCUGCUGUGUGCAUUUUUAAUACCGGCAGUUGUAAUAGCCGCCCCCCAAGUGCCAUGUUAUUUCAUUUUCGGAGAUUCUGUGUUCGAUAACGGCAAUAAUAACUAUCAACUUACCGUUGCUAAAGUUAAUUAUCCGCCUUACGGUGUUGAUUUUCCUACCGGUCCUACCGGAAGAUUCAGCAAUGGCCGUAAUCUCCCAGAUUUUGUCGCAAACCUUCUUGGCUUCACCAAUUAUAUCCCACCAUUUGCCACCAGUGGAAGAGGCCGUGGUGUACUUCAAGGUCUGAAUUAUGCCUCCGGCGGUUCCGGCAUUCUCAACGAAACUGGAACCCAGAUGGGAGGUAUAAUAAGCUUGCAUAAUCAAUUAAAAAAUCAUGGAGUUACAGUUUCAAACGUGGAAAAAUUAUUGGGAAAUAAAGAAGCAGCCAAACGGUACCUAAACAAAUGCAUUUACUCAAUUGGAAUUGGUGCGAAUGAUUAUAUCAACAACUACUUCAGGCCUCAGUAUUACAAUUCCAGCAAACAAUUCAACCCACAACAGUUUGCUGACCAUCUCAUUCGCGCCUAUACUGGCCAUAUUAUGACUUUGUAUAAUUACGGAGCAAGAAAGGUGGCUCUUUUCGGAAUUGGCCAAAUAGGUUGCACUCUCAGGGAAAUAGGUGAAUUCCAUGCACAAGGGUGUGUUCCGGAACUCAACAAUGCUGCUAAACUUUUUAACGAGAGGCUUAUUUCGUUAGUUGAUCAACUCAAUCGAAAUUCAAAAAUUUCUAAAUUUACCUACAUUAACAUCUAUGGUAGCGAGACCACUGAUUUCAAAUCUUUAGGUAUUAAAGUUGUAAACGCAAGCUGUUGCGAAGUAGCACAAGGUCAAGAGCUUUGCCUUCCAUAUAGAACUCCUUGUAAAAAUAGAAAUGAAUAUUUGUUUUGGGAUUUAGUUCAUACGACAGAAGCUAUGGAUCUGCUACUAGCAAAGAAGGCAUAUGGAUCUCCUUUCCCGACAGAUGCUUAUCCCAUUAAUCUCAGUGAACUAGCUCGACUUUAA